AUGGACGGCCAAAAUAAUCACCCAGAAACGGCCACCCGUAAAUUAGCACAAGGUGUUACGUCAACUGGCAAUGAAUUUUUCAACCGUUCCAGAACUGUGUGGGAUGUACCAAGCCUUCCUCAAGCUUUCAAUCCUAUUUAUCCCACUCUGUUUACCAAUUUGAACAAAUCCAAUGAAAUUGCCACUAUUAUCAUGACAGUCAAUGCUACUGCUUUGGAUGCUAUCAAUCAACAACCUACAGAAAAACUCGAUGAUGCUCAAAUCACUGAGCUGGCUUACAUUAGUCACUCCGAAGUCUACAAGUUCCAAGGGGCUGGUCUUAGCACCAGCGGCCAAUCAACCAAAGACUUUUCCAAACAAUCCUAUGCUAUUGAUUUGAACAAAUACAACAAGAACGCCACUACGAAAGCUUUAUUGUACGGCCGUACCUCUUUGAAACUUCGCGCUGAAGAAACGGAUGCCACCUUUGCCCGUGAAAAGCUGGUUCUUGACAUGCUUGCUGCUUCUGGUGGUGCCACCUUGUCUGGUUCUUGGACCCGUGUCUUUAUCAAUAAUGAACCCUAUGGUCUCUUCUUGCUCAUGGAUGACGCCUCUACUCAUUUGAUUGACGCUGUGCUUCAUGGCGGUAAUUUCCAAUCCAAGACCACAGGUGUUACCUAUAAAGGCAACGCUUUGAGCGAAACUGUAGAAGGCAACUUGGUUUACAAAGGCGACGACCCUACACUCUAUUCCCCAGAUAUUUACAAAUUAGAAGACACGGGUGAAGACAAUUCCAUCAGCAAAAAGAACGACAGCCAAAAGCUCAUCAUUGAUUUCUGUAAACGUUUGAGUCAAAUAGAUGCUCAAGAGGCCAAGGAUGCUCAACAUCCUGGAAGUAUUGCUAAUCUCAUUGAUCCUCAACACACUUUGAUUCACAUGGCUAUCAAUUUCCUCAUCGGUUCUUGGGACGGAUUCUGGUAUCAAGCCAGUAACUACUAUCUCAACAACGAGCUUGGUAGCAACAAGUGGACCUUGAUCACUUAUGAUUUCGACGAAACCUACGGUAACGGUGUGGAAGAUGCUGCCAUGAACACCGUCCCUUACCAAAACUAUGCUCGUCCUGGCUCCCAGCGCCCUCUUGUCAAUGUCUUUUUAAACAACACUUAUUAUGACGCUAUGUUUCAAACAACGGUCAAGACCAUUGUCAAGCGUUUCUUCAAGCCUAGCGUCGUGGACCCCAUCUUGAAAGUAUGGUCUGAAAUGUUGGCCGAAGAUAUUACCUGGACCCGUAGCAUCCCGGGCCGUUCACCUGGUAUCAAGACUGCCUUUACUCUUCAACAGUUCCAAGAAGGUUUAUUAGGCAACACGACCAAUGCGAUCAGCCAAUGGGUCGCCAAGCGUUCGUCUUCUCUUUUAACACAAUUGAACUUUACAGAUACAGAUGAUCUCCCUCCUUUACCUGCUUACACUGCAGGUAGUCAUUUGGACGCCAAUGGAAAUGUCGUAAGCAAUAAUGGCAACCCCGUUGCUGGCAAUGGUAGUGUUGCUCCCGGCGGUAAAGCUGAUGCUACGGGUAAAAACGCUGCCGGUAGUACAUCAGCAGCAGCUCCCUCUUUGACGAACUCUCUUAAAUUAACAGCUAUGGGCGCUACCUUGGUCACCUUUGCUCUCUUUAUCCUAAAUUAA